AGUGAGAGCAGACGGUGCACACUGCUGGCCUGGCCUGUGACUUUCCAGGACACGUUCGCUGCAGUAAAACAGACCAGAACCAAGGUACCAGUGCAUUGCAUCUCUCUGUGCUGGGCUUCAGAGAGGGAUUGUUGCAAAAAAAAGAGAGAGAGAGAGAGAUUGAACCCGGAAGCACUGUGUGCAACAACGUGAUUGUCAAUCAGAGCCCCAAUACACAUUGCACUGCACAAGAGGAGGCAGCGACUCAGCACAAAAGCAGCAGCACUGGGGGGGGUGGGGGGGGGGCUCUGGCUCUCCUCUGCCCACGCACAGCGAUCGCUCCCCUGGUUUGCUCUCACCUGCCCGGCUUCACCAUCGCCUACCAGAAAAAUACUGUAUAAAAAAAAGCAAAUGUCAAAGAAAAUCAAAGCUGGACCUCAGGAAGUCGGUUAUCAACAUGAAUGUGGGGUGGAAUGGUGCUGAAGCUUAUGGAAGAUAGAAGAUAUGGAAGAGAUAUCAGAGGAAACCAUUAAAGAUUCCCAAUCUUCUUUGAAGACUGUGGUUCUGAGAGUGGUAGAUCUGCCGGCAUCAUUGUAUAAUUCUCUUCUAGAGGUAAAGCUUUCUUCUGGUGUAAAGAAAUUAUUCUUGAUCUCUGUUCUGGGGGCUGCAUCAUUUGUUUUUUUGGCUCACCAACUGAAGCGAAGGCGUGGGAAGAAGAAGUCACCAUGGGAACAAGAGCUUUUCAUUCCUGAAUUUUCCAGGACAUCAGCAUCAGAAAAAGAUUCUAGUUGUGCUAGCAGCAGACAGAACCUGAGCCUUUCCUUACAAUCAAAGGCUUCUCAGUCGCACAACAUCUACGCUUCUGCUGGACUCUUCAGCAAGUAUUCAAGCUCAGUACAGAGUCUGACAUCAGUUCGGAGUGUAAACUCCUCACACAGUUGUAUUUGUGCAGCUUCAAACCUGUGGGACAAAGUUGGUGAAGAAAAUGAAGUCAAUCUUGUCAAUGUGCCAGUAACUACUCCUGAAAAUUUAUAUCUGAUGGGAAUGGAAUUGUUUGAAGAGGCACUGAGGCGAUGGGAGCAAGCCCUCACAUUCCGCAGUACACAGGCAGAGGAUGAAGCAAAUUGCUCUGCUGUCAAACUAGGAGCAGGAGACACCAUUGCAGAAGAAAGCAUUGAGGACAUCAUUAGUGCAGAAUUCAUACAUAAAUUAGAGGCUUUGCUUCAGAGGGCUUAUCGGCUGCAAGAGGAAUUUGAGGCCACUUUGGGGGCAUCUGAUCCAGCUUCACUGGCAAAUGAUAUUGACAGGGAGACUGACAUUACUGUCAAGGACGAUACUGAUGAUUUCUGUCUGAGAGAUACAACGAGCAUUGCAUCCACAGAUUCGUUUGUUUCAGCGGCUGAGCUCACAGAACACAGGGAGACGAGGAAUUGUGCUUAUGGGCUUGGGUCCUGGUGUCACCUGCCUCUCUAUGAAGCAGCAAUGCAUUUAGCAGAAGAUGGAAAUGUUUCUUGCAGAGUGCUAAGGACUGAGCUGCUCGAAUGCGUGGGAGACAGUGAUUUUCUCGCAAAAGUACACUGUGUGCGUCAAGCUUUCCAGGUAAUUCUUUCCGAUGCAGCAAAUGCUAAAUAUUUUGCUGAGACUGGAAGAAAGAUCCUGUCGGCUAUCAUAAUGAAAGCGCACAAGAAUCCCAAAAGGUUUGAGGAGGUCUUUGAGGAGAUGAUGUACUUUCUACAGCAAAUGGAUCACUGGGAGACAACUCAACAAGAACUCGCUACAAGAGGGGUUAAACAUCUGAACUUUUAUGAUGUUGUCCUUGACUUCAUCCUGAUGGAUUCCUUUGAAGAUUUAGAGAAUCCGCCUACUUCCAUACAGAAUGUAGUCAACAACCGCUGGCUUAACAACUCUUUUAAGGAAACUGCUGUGGCUUCAAGUUGUUGGUCAGUGCUGAAGACAAAGAGACAGCAUCUGAAGGUGCCUGAUGGAUUUAUUGCACAUUUCUAUGCUGUUUGUGAGCACAUUAGCCCAGUCUUAGCUUGGGGAUUCUUAGGACCCAAGAAUUCAAUGUAUGAUUUGUGCUGCUUCUUCAAGGAACAAGUUCUUUUUUUCCUGAAAGACAUCUUUGAUUUUGAAAAGGUGAGAUACACCAGUAUUGAGUGUCUUGCUGAGGAUAUCUUGCACCUAAUACAACGUCGCACAGAGCUUCUGAUGGCUUAUCUUGGUGCCGAUAGCCUGAAACAAUUCAACGGGUGCAUUGGUGUACACGGAUCUGUCCUGCCCAAUGGGUCUUUGGAGACACAUGUUCAGUAAAUUAAACAACACAGACUCACCUUCAAUUCAUUGUGUGAAUAAAGUAGAGUGAAGAUAAUUUAUUCUUGUUCAACAGGAAAUUCUUGGGAGCCUUAAAGAAGCACAGCUAAAACUUUCCUGGACUCAGACUAUCGAAUAUGUUGACUAUAUUUAAUUGUAGACUCAGGGAGGUUUCCAAAGGAAAAGAUCCAGGAUUUUACAAAGUCUUAGUAUUGCUUUGUAAGGCUCUGUCCGCAUUGAUUGUAAACUGUAGAUUCAGCAAUUUAUAAAGGAGAUUUAAUUGGCCUUAGCAUAUAUUUGCAAUCAUUUUACCUGCAAUAAAGUUUGCGAAACCUUUAUUUGUCUGCUUUUUUUUAAUUGUUUAGUCAUGGGAUUGAAACAGUAAUUCUAUAGUUCUUCUAAGUGGGCAAUGACUUAAGUGUUGAGUUUUGUCUACAUUUAUAAUGGUCCAUAAUGUGACUGUGUACACCUAUAAAAUCUUUCACAGCACUUUCAUAUCGAACACAGAAAAUGCACAAGAUUAAAUUUCUAAUCUCAAUAUUGUUACUUGAAUGUUAUGUUUGCUAGUGUUAUGUAAUGAAAGUGCUGCUGUGAAUAUACUAUACGUCCUUUAAGAACACUGACAUGGCAUUUUAGUAUGAGAUGGUUGCUUAAGUGAAUAAAGUUCACACAUAUAUAUAUCUAUAUUUUUAGAGCUUGACUUUAUAGGUUGAUGAAAUGUCUCAGAAAAUGUGCUUCUUAUUUUCAAGGAUUUCUGUCAUCAACAUUUCUGGUGCUCAGCACUGGUCUGUAAAAGCGUUAUGUGUUCUCGCUCAACCACAACUGCAGGAAAUAAAGCACUUUAAAAAGAAA